CAGUGCCACAAACACACAGCCACUGCGCACAUCACGAGCAGGUGAGAGACUGACGUCAGGUCGGAUGAAAACGGCCAUACGAUAAACCUGCUCCUUUCCUCUACCGGAAUACAUCGCUGUUUGAGGAUUGUUAAUAGUGAGCAAAAAUCCAGGAUGGUAAUAAAAUGAUGACUGAACGGAGAGAGCAUUCUGUUGAAGGGAUCGUCCUCCUUCAACGCCAGACGGUGAAAUAACAUAAACUUCCCCACAACAACCGGAAAUGGCGAGUGAUCGGGUGGCCAUCCUUACGGAUGACGAGGAGGACCAAAAAAGGAAAUAUGUUCUGUCUGAACCAUUUAACACUCUGUCCCUGGGGCAGGUGGCAAACACUACACCGUCCGGUCAAACAGCACCAACUUCCCCCACUGACACACACCCUUCUCAGCCCUCUCAGAAUAUGGACUGCACAGAGAGGUGCUGUGCACGAAUAGACAAUCACCUCUUGAUUUCCAAGGUCUUCUACUUCUUCUUUUACUCCGCAUAUGGCUCUUUACACCCCCUGCUUGCUGUGUACUACAAGCAGCUGGGAAUGACACCCAGCCAAAGUGGCCUGCUAGUUGGGAUCCGUUAUUUUAUAGAGUUCUGCAGUGCGCCUUUCUGGGGAGUAGUGGCGGACCGCUUCAAGAAAGGGAAGGUGGUGUUACUGUUUUCUGUACUCUGCUGGGUGGUCUUCAACUGCGGUAUCGGCUUUGUCAAGCCAGCAGCUAUGACCUGUGUCAGUAAGGACCCUACUGUUGGGACACCAAGCAAUUUUACAAACAAUACGCAAACUGGUAACCAUACCAGACAAAGAAGAUACUUGAUGGAGGAUGUGUACUCUGCUCCUCCGCUUUCUCAGCCAAUAUUAGCAGCAUAUGGACCUCAUUCUAGAUCCAUUCGAAGUGUAAAUGUAAAUACCACAAGCACUCCCUCUGGAAACUCCACUGAGAAUCCUGUCGGCAUUACUAUGCUGUCUAACUCUACAACAACGUCUCCCCGUCCCUCGACAGUAACAUCAAAAUCUACCUCGACAACUGAAACACAAGCUACUACUGCCAAACUCAGUGACUAUUUUAUAGUCUUUAAUAAGGAACAAGUAGAUACUAUAUUUCUCUUGAUCCUCUUGGUCAUUAUCAUUGGUGAGUUCUUCAGCGCCCCGGCUGUGACCAUUGUGGACACCAUCACUCUUCAGUACUUGGGACAACACCGAGAUCGUUACGGACUCCAGAGAAUGUGGGGAUCUCUGGGUUGGGGUAUCGCUAUGUUGUCGGUGGGCAUUUGGAUUGACCACACGCACAUCACAAUCAUCAUCCAGGGCUCGGGUUGUGUCCUGCCCGACUACAAGAACUACCAAAUCGCGUUCAUUGUUUUUGGAGUCCUGAUGACCUCAGCACUGAUAGUGGCAACGCAGUUCCACUUUGACAACAGGGUUUAUCAGUCAGACGAGGAACGGGACAAGAAGGGGGAUGUGGAAAUACCUCAAGUCGUGCAGGAAGUCUCGUCUCCAGAGUCCAGCACAGAUGAUGCACCCGUUUGCCCAGAGAGCAACCCGCAACAUUUUCCCUUCAAAGAUCUCUUCCGGAUCAUUUGUGGCGUCCGGUAUGGUACGGUUCUCUUUGUGGCCUGGUUCAUGGGGUUUGGUUACGGUUUCGUGUUCACCUUCCUCUUCUGGCAUCUGGAGGACCUGAAGGGCACCACCACUCUCUUUGGCAUCUGCUCAGUGCUCAGUCACGUGUCUGAGCUGGCCGCUUAUUUCAUCAGCCACAAACUCAUUGAGCUUGUUGGACACAUCAGAGUCCUUUAUAUCGGACUGGCCUGUAACACCGCACGCUAUCUCUACAUCUCCUACCUAGAGAAUGCAUGGAUAGUUUUACCCAUGGAAGUGCUUCAAGGUUUGACACAUGCAGCCGUGUGGGCGGCAUGCAUCUCAUAUUUGAGCGCUGCUGUUCCUCCAGCUCUGCGCACGUCGGCUCAGGGCAUCCUGCAGGGGCUGCACCUGGGGCUGGGGAGAGGCUGUGGAGCCAUGCUGGGAGGGGUUUUUGUCAACUUCUUCGGUGCUGCAGAAACCUUCAGAGGCCUCGGAAUGGCCUCUCUAGUCACAUUACUCAUCUUCUCUCUGAUACAGUGGCUGUUAGGUCAGAACGAGGAUAAAAAGGGCUCGAUGUUGGCUGAGAACAUCCCAGUUCCCUCCAGCCCAGUGCCUAUCGCCACUAUUGACUUAGUCCAGAACCAAUCGGCAUCUCAGCCAAACCUCGAAUCAAAGACUCCUCCAAAGAAAACCAGGCAUCAGGAAGAGCAAGAAGAUGUCAACAAGCCGCCCUGGGUGGUGUCUGCUUCCCCCUGGGUCACCAUCGCUUUCGCCCUCUAUCAGAUCAGAGAUAUGGUUGCUUUGUCAAAGAACAAGGCCUGUGGUGAAAGUCAAGCCCCGCAGGGGAAAGGUGAGAAAAAACCCAUGCACUUCGCACUUUGAUUUUUGUACACAAAACUGCAUGCAGUCCUGUCACAGUCUGGUAUUGCAUUUCCUCUCUCAUUCUUAAUGUAUUCUUGGAUAAUUUAUGUAAGUCUUACUAACACCAUUGUUUAACACACAUCUUAGCAAAAAUAGAUGCUUUUCUGUUGUCAGUUUUGUUUGUCUUUUCUUAAACACACUUCUGUGCUUCAGCUACUUUGUGUCCUCAUAUUUGAAUUCAAACAAAUGCUUGGUUGGGAAGUCUCUUGAAAUAUGUCCAAAAACCUGUCUAGGUCAUAUUUCACCCUAAAAUAUCAUAUUUUUGGUGAUAUAUUUAUACCACAUGUUCUCAAAGUUUGAUUUAAAAAUUAUUUACAUGAUUAAGUAUUAAUGCAUCAUAGUAAUAACUGAUUUUUAUUUUUAUUUAAAAAAUACAGUAUUAUUUCUUUAGUCUUUUUUCAUAAGAAUAAAUGAAAAAGGUUACAUCUAGGUAUAAUGUUAAUGAUAAUGAUAAUUGAGGAAGAAAUAUUAUAAAAAUUAUUUUUAGAACCAGUUUCUUGAACUUUUAUAUUUUUGGAUUUAUGCUUUAAAAAGCUUUAUGCUUUUGUUAUACUGCCUUUAUAUUUGUUGAAAUAAAAAUGUAUCAUUAACCCUAUAGAGAAUUAAAUAUUAUUAAAAUAAAAAAUAAAAACCUUCUUAUGCAUUAAGAAAAUGAGAAUUGAGAAAGAAAAUGUGAAAAAUCUCAUCAUAAAAUAAAAAAUAAAAAAAGUACAUAUUGUUUACAUUUUGGGGUAAAAUGUUUUAAAAAGCACUCUAGCACACUCUUUAACAAAUAAAGUGUACCUUACUUCUGUCAUAUAUUUUGCAUGUUUAACCUUUAUGUUCUCUUCUUGUAGGAGACAAAUGAGCAAACCUCUGCGAUGCCACCUGCUGAUGAAUCCACAUCAUCGCAACCCGAUAUAUUAAGUCCAGCAGAAUAUCUCUCCCAAGGACCUACUACCAAUGCAUUCAUUCCUCUAAACACACAUCCUGUCCGACCU